AUGUUUUGCCUGUUAGGUUUCGAAAAUUUUGGGUUUUUAUUCAGGUUCUAUGAAAUGGGCCCGGGCCAUAUGCUCGUAUUGCGGAAAACUUUUCAACCUUUUACUGAAUUCCAAAUGUUCCAAGAAGGGAUCAGAGGUUUUCUUUGUCUAAUUCCAAAUCUUCUUUUUACGUUUGGACAUGAAAUUUAUGAAUGUUAG